GGCUGAGAAUUCCUUUCUUAGUAAGGUCUGGUUUUUCUUCUUCUCUUCUUCUUCACCUCACUCCUCUCUCUUCUCUUCCCACUCUCUAUCCAGAAGCUCUUCUUACUCUCUGUUGAGUUCUUCUUUCCUUAGAUUGAUUGCUUUCCAGGAAUUCGGUGUCGUUAACUAGCAAGAAUUAUUAGUGGUGUCGAAGGAAGUACAGAUUAAGAAAAGAAGAAGUAAGCUAUGAAGUACUUCUUAGAUCUUUUGUUGUUUGCUGUUUAUUCUUAAGGGUUUAGGCGUCCUCUCUUCGUUUUGGUGAGGAUUCUGAAAACAGGAAACAAAAAUUUACAGUUUAUUAGAGAAUCUCUACUACUGCGGUGAAAAAGAGUUGAAAAGAGCAAUUUACAUUUCUGUUGUUUUUCCAUUGAUUUGAUUGAUUUUAGUACAGAUUCAGUAUGUAUUUAUAGCGGAUACAGAUAUCUAUCUCGGUUUCUUUGUUGUUUUCUUCAUGUAGAAUUAAGGCAUGAUAGUUUCGAUAAGAGAACAAGAUCUGAUCCACAAUCAAAUAGCAAGAGAGAUGGAAAGAGGAGGUUUUGUUAUUAUUCCAUGCUGUUCGGGGAAUCUCUGACAAAGUAGUUUUAUCAGCAAUGGAGUCAUAUUCUUGUGCAGAGGAUUUGUUUCUAAAGGCUAGGAAACCCUAUACGAUCACUAAGCAACGUGAAAGGUGGACAGAGGAGGAGCAUAAUAGGUUCUUAGAAGCUUUAAAAUUGCAUGGACGAGCUUGGCAGCGAAUCGAAGAACAUAUUGGGACAAAGACCGCUGUGCAGAUUAGAAGUCAUGCACAAAAGUUCUUUUCAAAGCUGGAAAAGGAGGCUGUUGUUAAAGGCGUUUCGCUGGGGCAAACUCUAGAGAUAGAGAUUCCUCCUCCGCGCCCUAAAAGAAAGCCAAGCUAUCCAUAUCCCAGAAAGAGUUACGGAGCUUCUUCUAUCACUUCAUCUGUGGAAGUGACGGAUGGAAAGUUAUUAACGUUGGCCUCAUCUUUGUACCCUGGUAGUGAAAUAUCAGAAUCGAAGAAUGAUCAAUCGUCUCAGAACCCUGGUGGAACUGAAAAUUCAGCAAGAGAGAAAGAAACUCUCGACGAGGGAAACUGCUUGGAAGACAACCUGUUCCAAGAGGCUUCUUGUGUUUCUGUCCGUUCAGCAAGCCAAAGCUCCAUAUCAACAUCUAUGGCACUUCAAAAGACCUGCACCUUCAGGGAGUUUGUUCCUUCGAGAAAAGAUAUAAUUGAAAGUAAGGACCAUAUUGGAAAGGGUGAUUAUCCGAAAUUGGGCACCAAAGACAUUCAGAAAUCUGAUAGAACUGAAGCUAACUUGUCGCAUGUGGAUAUUAACGGCACUGGUGAAAUGCUGAGCUUGAAAGACAGCUGUCAUUCCUCACAGGAUAAACUGGUCAGGGGAAAUAACACAGACAAACUCAAGAAACCAGAAAAUGUAGGUCAACUAUCUACUGCUGCUGAUGAGAUACAGGCCAACCAUAGCUAUCCAAGGCAUGUGCCAGUUCAUAUUGUGGACAUGAGCUCAGGAGCAUGUGUGCAACCUCAGCCACCUGGUGUAUAUCCUACGCCAAACAUUUGUCAUUUAGGAGCCCAUGGAAAUCCUUACAUAUUUCCAAAUCUAACUGUUUCUGCAGCUACUCAACCUAAUAGCAAUAUCACUUCACGGUCGUCACUUCAUCACCAAACAUUGCCAAAUUUUCCUCCUCCCUUUGCCCCACUUCACAACCAAGAAACUCAAAAAUCAGCUGAGAACAUUUCUUCUGCAUUUGGGGGCCUUCUUAUGUCAGCUCUGCUGCAAAAUCCAGCAGCCCACAUGGCAGCAAGCCUUGCUGCUUCUUUCUGGCCCACCCCCAAUGGAGAAACAUCUUUAGACUCGUCUGCUGGUCCACUCGGAGGAUUUCCAACGAAACAAAUGAGUGCAACUCCAAAUUUGGCUGCGAUUGCUGCUGCUACAGUGGCGGCUGCAUCGGCCUGGUGGGCAGCACAUGGUAUGUUACCCUUAUGCCCUCCUAUGCACACUGGCUUUUCUUAUCCACAACCUCAACCAACAACUGCAACUCCUAUGGAUAUUACACAUGCUCCACUAGUCGGUAACAAUGAGCGUCAAGAUAAUAGCACAAACAAUUCUCCAUGGGAAGCUGAACAGAUAGAUCCAGAAGUUUCUGAGGCUACAAAACCACAAAAUCGGACAUCCAAAUGGCAAACUUUGUCAUCAUCAGACUCUGCGGAAAGCGGGGGAGACUCACAAUCAAACUGCAAUAAGCCUAAAUCUGCUGGAGAGGAGCAGAAUCCUGAUACGACUGCCGAGUUGGUACAUGAUUCUAACAAGUUAAAGAUGCGGAAGAAAGUUGAUCGUUCUUCUUGUGGAUCCAACACCGCUUCCAGCACUGAAGUUGAAACAGAUGCUUUAGAGCAGGACGAGGAGGAACCUGAGCAAGACCAGAAAGAUAGAGAAGAAUCAAAGGAAGCUGAUUCAAACCAUCAAGUUGGUGAGCAUAAUCGUCGAAGCAGAAGUAGCACAAGCAAUACAAAUGGCAACACCAGCGCCAACACGAACGGCAGCACCAGCACCAACACCAACACCAACACCAACGAGUCGUGGAAGGAGGUCUCAGAAGAGGGGCGGAUAGCUUUCCAAGCACUCUUCACCAGACAAGUUCUCCCGCAGAGCUUUUCACCACCACCUGAUCCAAAGAUCAUUGUACAGCAACAACAGCAGCAGCAGCAACCAGCUGAAAACAUUGUUAUGGAAGGAUUGAAGCAGAUUUCAGAUGUGAAAGAUGAUGACGAACAAAUGUUACAAUUAAACCUCAGUAGUAGUAAUUCAUGGGGAGUUAAUCCUGAACACUCCAGUUUGUUAGGCAACAAUGACACAGAAAGUAGUUUCUUAUCCAUGGGGCUUGGACAUGGAAAAUUCAAAGCUCGUAGAACAGGAUUUAAACCCUACAAAAGAUGUUCAGUGGAGGCUAAAGAGAGCAGAAUCACCGGCGGAAGUGGACAAUGUUGUGAGGAGAAAGGUCCAAAGAGAAUACGUUUAGAAGGUGAUGCUUCAACGUUAUAGUACAUUGCAAAGGAAACCCUUUGCUUGUUUUAAUUCUCCCUCCUACUUAUUCGUCGUUUUUUAGCCUAUUAUGUUUAAUUAGUUUGAAGGCUCCAAAAGGUCAUGACACUGUCGUGCUACGUGUGUACACUAUCUUUCACUCCACAUUGCUCUGAUCUACAUUCCGAAGAUCUUGACCCCAUGCAACAAUGUAGUAUAAACUGCAGUAAAUCUCCCUCAAAACAAAAAGGGGUGCCAAAGGAGCAUCUGUUUUGUAAACCUUUAAAUAUUGUUAUACAUGAAAACUGAUUUUGAGAUUUGAAUCGUAGGUUUUCA